CGCCUGUUUCAGACUUAAAUUUGCUCCCAGUACAACUACACGUGGAAUUUCUCUCCAAGUCUGUGGCAAUGGGCCUGCUCCAGCAACCUGAAGUUCAAGUCCAAUCAGUAGCCGUGAAGAGCUUCAAGCCCCCGCAUGUACAGUGGGUUGCUAUCUCCAUCUCAUCGGGCCAGGCGAUCAGCAUACGGAACCUGAGGCGUUUCUGGGGCAGGUUCUAUGAAUUCAGAAAUAUGGAGGAGGAGAUGUCGGGCGCCUCGAUCAUGCAGCAGACGACCGAGGGGGGGGGAAGAAUUUUCGUUGGCGCCUGCGGGCGAUCUGCUACUUCGACGGGUUUAGCGGGGCUCAUCGACCUUUUUGACGGGGACAAAAUUGUUUGCAGCAUCCAAUGGGACUGCCCCUGGGGAGCGGUACGAGACAACCGCCUCAGCUGCACCAAGUACGCAGAGAAUUAUCAUGUGCAGAUAAAGGGGGCCAACCUGGGAAGAGGGCCCCUGGGGAACGUGGAGGUGCACAUUUCCAAGUUAUUUUGCUAGUGCAUGGCAGAUGCACUCACUACUGCCAGGCCCCAAAGGUGGCGCUGCUAUGCGCAUGCUGAGAAAAGC